GUGACUUGUGCACAAACUGCCAAUGCCAUGCCUCCACGACUCUGCGCUCUUUGCAAUGAUGCCCGUGCCAUCCUGAAGCGGCCAAAGACCGGCCAGCAGAUAUGCAAGGAGUGUUUCUUCUGGGUCUUUGAAACCGAAGUUCAUAACACGAUCACCGAGUCGAAGCUAUUUAAACCUGGAGAUCGCGUGGCUAUUGGCGCAUCCGGUGGCAAAGACUCUACGGUGCUCGCCCAUGUCAUGAAAACGCUUAAUGACCGUUAUGAAUAUGGAUUGGACUUGUUCCUCUUGUCUAUCGACGAAGGAAUCACGGGAUACAGAGACGAUUCAUUGGAGACUGUAAAGCGAAACCAGCAGCAGUACGACAUGCCGCUCAAGAUCCUUUCUUAUGACGAGCUGUACGGAUGGACGAUGGACGCUAUCGUCUCGCAAAUCGGCAAGAAAAACAACUGCACUUUUUGCGGGGUCUUCCGUCGUCAGGCGCUAGACCGAGGCGCUGCCUCGUUGCACGUCGACCACAUCGUCACUGGACACAACGCGGACGACAUCGCGGAAACGGUGCUCAUGAACAUCAUGCGCGGAGACAUCGCACGGCUUGGCCGCUGUACACUGAUUUGUACCCAGGGCGAAGACACCAUCAAGCGUUCGAAGCCCUUCAAGUACGCGUACGAAAAGGAAAUCGUGAUGUAUGCCUACUUCAAGAAGCUCGACUACUUCUCGACAGAGUGUAUCUACUCGCCAGAUGCGUAUCGGGGCCAUGCGCGAGCUUUUCUCAAGGACCUAGAAGCCGCAAGACCAAGUGCAAUCAUCGAUAUCAUCCACUCAGGGGAGACCUUCGAGGUGAAGCAGGAGGUGAAGGCUACGCAGAAGGCGCAGCAGACAUGCAAGCGAUGCGGUUAUAUGUCCAGCAACGAGCUGUGCAAGGCGUGUACCCUACUCGAGGGUUUGGAGAGGGGCAUGGCCACUGCUACAAUCACGGAGCGCGCGCGCAAGAGACUCGACGCUGAAGGUCCGGCUCCAGACAGUCUACGCACCAUACCAUUCUUCCAGCAAUUACGCGGCCACAUCCGUCAGUCGCGCUAGAGAUGCCGACAUGACUCGCAACCCUCG